UCUCUAUCUCAGUGCGUUUUGGUACAGGUCAAUCAAUGUUCAUCCCAAACCUCGAGCAAGAGUGGCCUUGAAGGGAGGUUUCAAGCUCGCCCGCUCCUGACGUAUCAGAUGAAGUGAAUUACACGCCGCGGCCAUGUGGCAGCCGUAUCCCAAGGCAGAGACGGCCGCACUCCCCAUUUCUUACUCAUGGCCGAGGAGGGCGUCAUCGAGACUCGGCUUCCAGACAUCGUCGUGCUCUCGGUAGCCCUUCCUCACUUCCCUCUCAAGGCGACCGCACCCGACAAAUCAAACAGACCGUUAUCCGACCGCGCAAAGCAGACAAUACGUCGCGUUCGCACCCUCGACAUCGGCAUGUUCCGAGCGGCGCUAUGCCCUCGUCCCCACCUGAAGCAUCAACCCAAUGUGAGACUUGCGCAGGAUGUUGCUCAAGAACGAGACCGAACUCGACCCCCUGCCUUUUUCCCGAUCGAUCUCCCGUCCUCAUGUCGAAGAGAGAAUCACUCAAGAGCCGAGACGACGGAUGAGUAGGGCAGAUGCGGUAAUCCCGGCCGGCCUUAAUAUGUCAGGCGGACCCCCCCA